AUCGAUGACGUGUACGUAGGGGUCCUUUCAGAGUUCCGGGUGUGAGUAAACAGCUCGCAACCCGAGUUGCCUCGCCUGAAAAAUGUCUAAAGUAACGUUUAAAAUCACGUUGACGUCGGACCCCCGGCUCCCGUUCAAAGUAUUAAGUGUCCCAGAGAGCACGCCAUUCACAGCAGUUUUGAAAUUUGCGGCAGAGGAGUUCAAGGUGCCAUCAGCCACCAGCGCCAUCAUCACCAAUGACGGAAUUGGAAUCAACCCUGCGCAGACAGCAGGCAACGUGUUCCUAAAGCACGGCUCGGAGCUGCGCAUCAUUCCCAGAGACCGAGUGGGAGGACGAGGAGACCGACGCCGCUCGUCUCCGCCGAGGAGACCGUGAUUCAGCCACGCCUCGUGUCCUAUUUAUGUACUGCUCUACAGUGUGUUUGUGUGUGUGUCUGUACACUUACAAUGACACACUGCAUGCUGCCAUUUUUCAUCCCUCAGUAAGUGUAUGGAAACAUCGACAUUUUUAAUCCUUGUAAAUGACAAUAAAACACCAUUCACAUGA